UUACAACGGAUAACAAUGGUUUGACAUAUUCUCCUUUUACGGACAAAAUCUUGAAAUGCUUUCUUAGAAUGCUCAAACUUCACUUUAUUGAAUGAUUAAUUUAAUUAGAAACGUAACGUUUUAAUUUCACAUUGGCCACCAACAUAUAUUUCCAUAAAAUCUGAAACCUAUUCCGUGAUGUGAAGGAACCAUUUUCCUAAAAAAUAUAUUUUUAAAAUAUGUGUAUUGUUGUUGUCGUUUAUGGCACACUGGUUUAUGGCACAAAGUAGGAAGAAUGUCAGUAGGAACUGCACCUGAGUGUUCUGAGCAGAAACACUACAUACAGUGAAUGUAUACAGCCUGGUAUUGGAGGAUGCUACAACGUGUAUUUUAGCAAUUAUCCCUAUCUUCUUUCAAGACAGGCAGUAGGCUUUAAAAUGAUCUUCUUUCUCUUACUGUCAUCUGUUCGAAACAGAUCUGCUGUACCUUUUACUAUGGUUUUCGGAAAUGCACAAAAUUUAGUCUCGGCUUUGCUGUUUUUCUUGAGUUCCGAAGGUUCUCCGGACCCAACCUCUGGAUCGCCAAUCGGAGCCGCUCUUGGCACGGGCGGGCCAAUCAGCGCCGGGCUCGAUGAAUAUUCAUGAAUCGCUGAUUCAAACCUUUGAGGCGAGUUUGUGUAGAUCCACAGCAUCAUGCUUAGACUUUUCACAGAGACAAACUCCAUUUUCUUAUGAAUGGAAAGUGAAAAAAUCAGAUCAGCUUAAAUUGGGAUCCAUCCUUCACUGAGAUCAUAGAAGAAAACAAAAAGGAAGAGAAGGGAUCAGCCAGAAGAGAUGACAAUGACUACAAUGCCAGAAAGUCUUAAUAGCCCUGUCUCAGGGAAAGCAGUUUUCAUGGAAUUUGGGCCAUCAAGCCAACAAAUGUCGCCUUCUUCCAUGUCUCAUGGACACUAUUCCAUGCACUGUUUACAUUCUGCUGGUCAUUCUCAACACGAAAGUUCAUACAGCACAGGCUCAUCUUUCCCUAGGUCUCUGGGUUAUCCAUAUGUCAACUCGGUCGGCAGUCAUUCCUCAAGUCCAUAUAUCAGCUCUGUACAGUCCUACCAAAGCAGCUCGACCUUAACGCAGACACGGUUAGAAGACACAGCAACGGAGACAGAGAAAAACACAGUUGUGGAAGGAGGAGAAGUUCGGUUUAACGGGAAAGGAAAAAAGAUCCGCAAACCCCGGACUAUUUAUUCCAGCUUGCAGCUCCAAGCUUUGAACAGACGGUUCCAGCAAACGCAAUAUCUCGCUCUUCCGGAAAGAGCUGAACUCGCUGCCUCGCUGGGACUCACACAGACACAGGUCGGUGAAGAUCUGGUUUCAGAACAAGCGAUCCAAGUUCAAGAAAUUGAUGAAGCAAGGCGGGGGGGCGAUAGACACAAACGCGUUAGCCAAUGGAAGAGGUCUCUCCACAGGCUCGCCUUCUGUCGCCCCAGUUUGGAACGCUUCAGCCUCCGGGAAAGCGCCAGCGGGUAACCCGGGCACCUACAUCCCCGGCUACACAUCGUGGUACCCCUCGGCACAUCAAGAAGCUAUGCAGCAGCCGCAGUUGAUGUGAAUAGACACUGUUAACCCCGCCCCGCCCCCCUCGAAGACCGUGGACGGUCCACCAUGGGGGGAUUUUGGGCCAGCUCCCCAGCGAUGCACUGCACCCUAGUCCGUUGCAGACGAGCACAGAUGUGAUGCGGAGCUUUGUUCCCAAACGCUGACAGCUGAGCUAUCGGCCUCCACACCGUUAGACCGUUCAGAGAACAGCCUGGAAGCAGAAAGACUUGCACAGGCAUCGUCCGUGCGGAAGGGCAAGAAGAAUGUCUUUUUUAUGUCCUCUUAAUCCAAAAAAGAGGGAGAGGAUAGCGAAAACAAUAGUACGUUAAAGCUGCUGUACCCCAUUUCCGUGACCUCUUGAUAUAUGUAAGAGUAGAUGUAUGACCCUCUAACCUAUAUAUAUAUGUGUGUCUGUAUACAUAUAGGUUACAUAUCGGGUACAGACUGUGUUUGUUUAUGUGUGUUAAACUUUAUUUAAAUUAUUUAAAUCAGAUGUCCACAACAGUUGUGCGGUUGCUUUCUUUAAAACAAAGCGUGAGUGUGUUCUUAAGGUAUUAAAUAAAACAACAACAGCUGAAAAAAAAAAAACAACUUCUGCUCUUGUACUGCUCCAUUAACGCAAACAACACUGAAAUUAGCGCCCUAUGAAAGAAAGGCUUAUAAAAAAAACCCUGGAUUUGCCACAAAUCGAUGCAUGUGAAAAUCUUGUUGAAAUGAGGUUUCGCAGCUUUAAAGAAGGAAAAGCAGUUUCAAUUCGACAAGAAAUUCCAGCAUGUUCUGUUACUCCCCUGAGGAAGUGCACUGAUCAGACUGAUGUAUAUAAGCAUAUUUAAAUCUCAAUAUAUUCAGCUUUUUUGUGUGUGUGAUUGUAUACUUGACGCACUGUGAAAUGGGAUUUUACCUGUGAAUAUUGAAAAUGUGUUAAUUAAAAUUAAUGUGUUUAGCGUU